AUGUCCGCCAAUUCAUCUGUGACUUCAACUCCGACUCAAACACCAACACUGGGACCACCUUCGUCAUCUUCAACUCCAGGUCCUACUCCAAAUUCAACAACUGUUACCCAGGGUCCUGGCCCAAAACGUAUUAGAAAGAGCUACAGUCGAAAUGGGUGUCGAGAAUGUAAGAGAAGAAAGAUACGAUGUCCAGAAGAAAAGCCUUUCUGUUCCACUUGUGUCAGAUUAGGGAAGCAAUGCUCGUACCCAUUGGCAGGGGAGAAGGUACUAAGAAUAUCAAGACGUUUGAUUAAAGAAGAGGUUGAAAAUAUGGGGAAAUCAACACAAUUUUUACCUGUUCAAUAUGACAUUCCGAAACGCAUCAAAGUCCCACCUGUAUCGCCAAGUCUAUCCAAACAAUCUCCAUUACAUAUCGAAAACUUGAUUAAUAGCAAUGAUUUUUUAAGUGGAACAGAUUUAAGUAGUUUAACUACGGAUUUAAACAAUUUGGUGACAGAUAUUAUGGAGGGAUCAAAUAUUCCAUUCUUGCAAGAUGAUUUCCAAUUUGAUUUCUUGAAUGAUUCAUUUGUGGUGGAUGAAAUAACGAAAAAUAUACCCAUAGACUAUAUAAAAUUACCCCGAAAACAUGAACAAUUAUACUGGGAAGAAUUCUAUAAUAAUUUUGCUCAAAUCAUUGAACCAUUCCAGGCAUACCAUUCGAGAACUAAAACCACUUCAAACCCGGCUAGAGAUAUUAUUUUACACACUGCUGCCAAUGAACCCUUUUUAUUAGCAGCAAUACUCGCUGAGGGUGCAAACACUUGUUUUUUAAAGUAUAAACGUCCCGAGGAUGAACGAGCAUAUGGGGCAUAUUUAUCCAAGUGUUUGAAAUUAUUGGAACCAGCAAGAGAAACAAAUUUAAAUGCAAAUAUUGAAGCAGUUCUAUUGACAUUAUUAUUGCUAACAGCAGCCACAGCUACUUCACAAUCCCUGCAAUGGCGACCUCAUUUGGUAGGAGCAAAAACAUUGUUGAUCAAAGCUUUCAAUCAGAAUGUUUCAAAAAAGUUUGUCUUUUGCAAAUACUGGUUCUUAUCAAUUGAAAUUUUGGCAGGAUUGAGUACAAGUUUAGGUGGUACUUUACAGACAGAUUAUGAAAUCGACAAGCUCAUGACUCCAGGUAAUGAAUACGAAGUGGGGGUAUUGAAAGAAAUUGGUAUAAUAACUGAUCAAGGGUUCAACAUUCUUAUGGGUUUUGACAACAGCUGCAUCGCUUGCUUUGGUGAUUUGUUGAAAAUAUUAAACAAAAAGAGAAGUAACAUUAAUAUCAACACUAUGGAAUAUGUGAAAUUAGUUUCGGAAUUUUAUACACAAUCGAAUAUUGUUUACAUCAACUCUCGAGGAGUUAUACCAGAGAACGAGUUGACCCGAUACGUUCCAGGUUUACCCAUUGAAGAACUUCGGAUUAAUAAUUCAAGUUAUUGGAUUAGCUGGCAGGAUGUUUCCCAUCAAUCAUAUGUUCUUUCCUCGAUUAUUAUGAUUCUAACAAGAUUUUUCAUAAUUGACGUUUCCAGUCUAGUUGAUCAAAUGAUUCUGUUUAUUCAUUACUUGAAUCAAUUUUCUGAUGUGCAACAACAUGCCUCUCCAUACUUGUUGUUAAUGAUUCAAUGGCCACUACUAGUAACUGGAUUGAGUACCACCAAGACAGAUCAAAGAAACUUGUUAUUAAAGUAUUUUUCAAUGGUUGGUCAGAUUGGUGCUGCUUCUGCUCAUGUAUCAACUCAAAUCUUGUUAAAACAUUGGAAAGGUGCCAUAGAUAAUGAAGAUGCUGAUACAUUGAUUUACUAA